AUGACCGGCUUCCUAGCAAACCUGGUACAGUACCAGGGGCUCUUUCGAAUGAUCACUGUCCUGGGGUUCGGUGGAACAUUCCAAAUUGGCUUUCAAAUUUCUAGCCUUACCUACAUGUCUCAGCAUGUUAAGGCUUUCAUUAAUGAGACUUGGCUGGAGCGAUAUGGCUACCCCAUCCAACAGGACAACCUCCUGUUCCUGUGGUCUAUCACCGUGUCCAUCUUUGGGAUAGGAGGUCUCUUGGGAUCUUCAGGAAGUAGAUACCUCACUGUCAAAUAUGGCAAAAAGAAAUGUCUCCUGUGCAACAAUCUGCUCAUGAUAGUGGCAGCAUCUAUCAUGGGCUGCAGUAAAAUCGCCCAGUCCUUUGAGAUGAUUCUAAUCGGACGUUUCAUGUGUGGGAUAAGUGCAGGUCUUUGUGUUCCUCUACAUCAUCAAUAUGUUGGUGAAAUUUCCCCUAGGAAGCUACGUGGAUUUGCAAACUCUACUUCCUCUUUCUUUUGGACACUGGGAAAAGCCGUAGGGCAAAUUUCAGGACAAAGGGAGCUGCUGGGCAGCCAGUCCAUGUGGCCCAUCCUGAUGGCCUCCUGUGGGUUCCCAGCACUGGUCCAGCUGCUCACGCUUCCCUUCUUCCCUGAGUCUCCACCAUAUCUCCUCAUGCAUAAAGGAGACCAGGAAGGCUGCAAAAAAGCCAUAAGGCAGCUUUGGGGUGAAGGCCAACACCACGCAGACAUUGAUGACAUCAUGAAAGAGAAGGCAACAAUGAAAAACACCAAGAUCAUGAGUGUCCUGGAACUAGUGAAAGAACCAGCUUUCCGUUGGCAGCUGUACAUGAUAGUUAUUCUGACCAGCACAAUUCAGCUAUGUGGCAUCAAUGCAAUUUAUUUUUAUACUUUUGAAGUCCUCCAGGCAGCUGGCUUUGAUGAAAAUAUGAUCUCCUACAUGACCCUCUCUGUUGGACUCUCUGAACUCGUAGCUGCUGUAGUCUGUAGCUCCAUCAUUGAGCGACUGGGCAGGAAAGUGCUCAUAAGAGGAGGCUAUUGGAUCAUGGGUUCACUGCUAGCUGCUAUCACCGUAACUCUCUCCCUACAGGACUGGUAUUUCUGGAUGCCAUACUGCAGUCUUUGUCUCAUUAUCCUGUUUGUAAUUGUCUUUGCAGUUGGGCCAGCUGGUGCCACAGUUUCCACUAGGGUGGAAAUUUUCAAGCACUCCUGCAGACCACCUGCCUUUGUGGUCAGUUCACUUCUCAACUGGACGGGAGUCUUUGUGAUUGGAACAACCUUCCCGUUCAUUGUGGAAAGACUCAAGCACUUCUGCUUCCUCAUCUCUAUGGUGGUACUUUUCAUUUCAGGGACAAUUAUCCACCUGUUCCUUCCAGAAACAAAAGGGAAAUCAAUCAUGGAAAUCACAGAAGAAUUCAAUAAGCUAAACUUUAAAAAUAAACGUCUUCCAACAACUCCAAAUCAUAUCACAGAGGAUUACACCUUCUGCACUAGGCUUUGACCAGCCAUAAGGGGAAUCAGGCUUUCUUACAAAGAAGAAAACAAAAAGACAUUUGUCAUUUUCUGAGUAGUAAGUCAGUUCAAAUGGACUGUCAGCUUUCCCAUCUGCCUCUUACAAGGUUCCCGUUUUGCCAAAUCAGCUCCUUUCUCAAGCACUCCACUCUG